AUGUUGCAGGAAAUCCACCUAAAAGAACCAGAAAUAAUAAAGCUUAAGGGGAAGUGGGUUGGGGAUGUUAUUGCAAUAGCUGGGGAGGAUAGGAAGAAAGGCUUGGCAAUUCUAGUUAAGAAACAUUUAGUCUAUGAGCUAGUAGGCCUGGAGGAAGACCCCGGAGGUGAUUUCACAAAUGGCAGUAAUCCAAGUCAUGGUCAGAGUGUAAAUGCUUCUCCCGGUCUUUUCAAAAAUCAAAGAAGCCAUAAAAUACACAUAGGAGAAAAUGAUUUUUUAUGUUCUGAGUGUGGGAAAUGUUUUACUCAGAAAUCAAAUCUUAUAGUUCAUCAGAAAAUUCACAUAGGAGAAAAAGCAUUUUCAUGUUCUUUGUGUGGGAAAUGUUUUACUCAGAAAUCAAAUCUUAUAGUUCAUCAGAAAAUUCACAUAGGAGAAAAAGCAUUUUCAUGUUCUUUGUGUGGGAAAUGUUUUACUCAGAAAUCAAAUCUUAUUGAUCAUCAGAAAAUUCAUACAGGAGAAAAGGCUUUUUCAUGUUCUGUAUGUAGUAAAUGUUUUACUCGGAAAUCAAAUCUUAUUGAUCAUCAGAAAAUUCACACAGGAGAAAAAGCAUUUUCAUGUUCUGACUGUGGGAGAUGUUUUACUCAGAAAUCAAAUCUUAUUGAUCAUCAGAAAAUUCAUACAGGAGAAAGGGCAUUUUCAUGUUCUGAAUGUGGGAAAUGUUUUACUCGGAAAUCAUAUCUUAUAAUGCAUCACAAAAUUCACACAGGAGAAAAAGCAUUCUCAUGUUCUGACUGUGGGAGAUGUUUUACUCGGAAAUCAGAUCUUAUUACACAUCACAAAAUUCACACAGGAGAAAAAGCAUUUUCAUGUUCUGACUGUGGAAAAUGUUUUACACAGAAAUCACAUCUUAUUAUGCAUCAGAAAAUUCAUACAGGUGAAAAAGCAUUUUCAUGUUCUGACUGUGGGAAAUGUUUUACACAGAAAUCGCAUCUUAUAAUGCAUCACAAAAUUCACAAAGGACAAGAAGCAAUUUCAUGUUCUGUUUGUGGGAAAUGUUUUACUCAGAUAUCAGAUCUUACUGCACAUCACAAAAUUCACACAGGAGAA